AUGACCAGCGGUAAAGAGGCUGAUGAAGAGGCUGCUGAACUGAGGGAUCCCACAGAACACUACCAUGCCCAGCCACUGGAAGAUAACCUCUUUGAAUGGCACUUUUCGGUACGACCCCCAGAUUCAGAUUUCGAUGGCGGGGUUUACCACGGCAGGAUCGUGCUUCCCCCAGAGUACCCCAUGAAGCCCCCAGCAACUGCACUAAUGACACCGAAUGGAAGAUUCGAAGUUGGGAAGAAGAUUUGUCUCAGCAUCUCUGGCCACCAUCCAGAGACCUGGCAGCCGUCUUGGAGCAUCCGAACUGCUCUAAUAGCUAUUAUCGGAUUCAUGCCAACAAAAGGAGAGGGUGCAAUAGGAUACUCUUGAUAUACCCCAGAAGAAAGAGGGCCUGCCAAAAAGUCCCAGGACUUCUGCUGUGAGACGUGUGGCUGCUCCAUGCGGUCCGCCCUCCUGGCUCUGACCCCCAACAGCAACCCCAGCGCCGAGGAUCACAAGGCUAAAGAACUGGCUCAGCAAAUAAACUUCAAGGCAGAGUCGAGUUUAUCCAGAGAAGCCAGUGAAAGCAGAGGUGCAGAAAGUGAUCCUUCAGUGCUCACCCAGGGAGACACCUCCACAUCUGAAGACCAGGAAGCUGCUGAAAGGCCCCUGGCUGAACAGGCAGAGGCGUCUCCAGCCACAGGUGUAGCUGAACACCGGACCUCCACCACCACCACCACCAGCAGCUCCGAUCGUCCUCUCAGCCCCCGGCAGCGGCGCUCCCAGCAGCACAGGGAGCAGGGCCAGAGAGACGGCAGAGAGCCAGCAGCCAGCAGACCGGCUUUCGCCCCGGCUGCUCGCCAGCCUCAGGACGAGAGCCACGCUGGCUCGGCAGUCCUCAUCGUAGUGCUCACUCUAGCUCUGGCCGCGCUCAUCUUCCGCAGGAUCUAUCUGGCGCACGAGUACAAGUUCGACUAUGAUUUGUGACCUUAACCCCGAGUCGAGCCCUUCUGCUAGCGCCCCUACAGAACUGUGACCGGCUGAAGAGGAACCAGAGCAGAGGCAGUGGCUAACACUGACUUUCUGCCCUCCCUGCUCGUCAGCAGAGGGUUCGGUCUCCACUGAGGGGGAACUUUCAUUCCUGCAGAGGAGGCGCUCCACUCACCACAACACCUCCAGGGUGUCUUUUAAUCAAUGUGAAUUUUACUCUCCAGAGCGUCAUGCAUUUUUAAGAACGGGAACCUUUGUUGUUUGUGAUGAGUUCAGCAGCCACACACACCACAUGUCCUCUCCCAUAUAAUUGUUGCCUAUCCUAGGGCGGCCGCUUGUUCCCCUUAUUUAAUUAAAACUUUAAUAUAACAUGACAACAACGUGCAGUUAUGGGGGGGAUUGUUGUCUCAGUCUAAUUAUUAAAUCAUGGAAGCAUCUGCACCGAGUGCAUGUGCUAUAAUGAUUUUUUCGUGUGUUUUAACUUCCUGCCAGGUCAGCUCAGUAACAACACGCAGUGCUGGACUCUGCUUUAACAGCGUGAGAGCAGCGACCGCAGUGAGUCUCUUCAGUCUACAUUCUAGGGUCUCUCAAGCUGUAACCAAUCAUGUUGUAAUUGACUGUUGGAAAGGAGGCAGGGAUGCACAGGAUUAAUGAGUAAUCCACCGCAGACAGAAUGCUGACCGGUGUCAUCUGUGUAGAGGUGUGUGUUGCAGAAGCUUUCAAAUCAGAGGCUGCAGAUUUAUCAACACAUGUCACUGCUGCCUUCAGAUGGCUGCUGGGAUUUAAUGGACUGAAGUAGAAGCUUUACAUACAGCGUAGAACAUUAAUGGAUUACUGUAAGAAUCAUCCAUAUUCAUUUAUAGAUACGUGCAGAGGGAUUUACCAAUAUUCGUCGUGCACAUGUCCUGUGAUCAUUGCAGGAAUUCUGUUGCAGAAAUGUUACAUCUCACCUCAAACAAGUUAGUAAUCAAGUUAAGUCACAAAUUCUAACACAGAUCAUCUGCAGAAACAUAUGUAUUGUCAGAUAUCCUCAACAGAAGCUCAGCUCUCACUCCUACUUGAGACUUGAAUAUUGGCUGAUAAUAAUGUUUUCUUGUACAAGUGUGACAGUAUGCUGACAGCACCUCCUGAGUCUUGCAUUAAAGGAUUCUACAUAUCCUAGUGUUUCCAGGUGUUGGGGAGAGCUGCCACAUGUUUGGAAACAGUAGCAUAAAGCCUGUUGUGUCUCCAGAGGAUGCUGAGUGAAGUCGGAUCUGUUGUUGCUGCAGUCAGGGGUCCACAUAUGGAAGAGACUAAAGUUUCAAAUCCAAGCAGACACAUGCAGCUAGUUUUGAGCAGAACAAAUAUGUUUUGUCUGGGAAAAAAUAAAUCUAUGUCAUUAUGUGUGUGGAGCAAACAAUAAUCAAGCGUGGCGCUCUUCUUCAACUCUCCAUUACAGGUUCGACAGAAUUGCAGGAGCGUUUCGCUAAAUUGAUUAAGUAUGCUUUUAAUGUGGCCUCAGAAUACCGUGUAACAUAUAAUCAUGUUAAACUUUCCUAUUUAAAAACGUUUCAAAUACAUCUAUUGUUGGGAGUGUGUAAUUAAACUAGUUUAUUCAUGAUUUUCAGCAUGUAUUUAUUGGAAUUGCUUGUUGACAGAACGAUUAAAUUGCUAAAGCGUAGGGACGUAGCACCAGACAGAAUGUGGUUCUGUCCACACAAUAUGAGCUGCUUCGUGCUGCUUCAUUUUAAUCCUGUGAACUCCAAAAGCCAGUCGUGGGAUUGAAGGACAUUUUAUUUUUUUUAGAAAAAUGACCAAAAUUGCUGAUAGAUAGAAGCGGUUGAAACAGCCGUCAGAUUUCCAACCUCUUGACAGUCGGCAAACUAAGCAUCUGUAGCAUGCUGUUCUGAGAAAAAAAAAUAUAUUUGAUCAAAAUUCCUUUUGUCUACAUGUCUGAUUUUAAAAUUUGGGAAAAGAAGCAGUGUCUUCUUAUCAGAUUCUGUAAAAUUCUGUGCUUCUCGGCUCACAUAUAAUGCCAUUAUUGACUGCUGUGACCGACAGUCAAGUGACCCAAUUUCAGCCACUUUUCAGCUGAACUGCAGGCUUUGUUUACAGAGAGCAGGUAGGUAGCAAGUAGGAAAACAAAUUUAACAAUCUAUAUGGUAAAACAUCUAUAGUUCAUAGAGGUACUGCUUAUUUUGUCUGCCUUGGUAACACCUGUGGGCACAUGGGAAAAUGUUGUAUAGGGUGAUUCCAAUUUUUUUCAAGGGAAAAAAGUAAUCAAACAAGUUCGAUUUUAAUUUUCUUUUUCCAAUUACAGUUAUGUAAGGUUGGCAUAUAGCACAAAAGACAUAUUUAAGUUCUCUCUGCUUCUAGCUGUGGCUGUCUUGUUUCCAUAAAGGUGAAGGACUUUAUGUUGGAAUGAAAAAUGAGCCUAAACAGAAAAAUGGCUCAGAAACUUGGGGUUCAGAAGAUUAAAAGGAACUUCCAGCUGCGACAAGCGCGAGUAAAAAAUUUUAUCUUCACAUACAUACCAAAGUGUUGGAGUGCACAGCUCACACUGGUUGCUGUGCUGCCCCCAAAACACAGCCUGCAGUGUAAAUAAUUCUCAGCAGUCGUGCUAAGGGAAUGAGUUUACUGAUCCAGGAUCUGUUGAAUGCGACGUGUUUACUGAAGAACAGCAUCGGGGCAGAGUGCUUUGAACUGUUAUUGCCAUGGCAACGUUUACUGGUGAGAUAAUUUUAGGGAUUAUUCGCACCACUAAACAAGACGGGGCUUUCAGAAAGUCUGCCAAACCUGCGACUGCGUGCUUGCUUCUAACAGUACAUCCUCCGUCGGAUUCCCGCUCUCACGCCUUCAGCAGAUUUGAUUUGUUUCCAUUGGGGACUCAUUUUUCUGUGGACACUGCAAUCCCAUUCAUUUGAAUCUCUCCUCCGUCACUGCUCCUCUCCCCGUCUCCUCUGCCGUUUUCAUGGUAUUCACACCAGGUCCCUGUGCAUUAAUCUCUUGUUUGUCUUGCAUUCUCUGAAGCUGUAUGCGAACAGUCUUUUUUAUUCUCCCUUCUGCUUGUAUAAAUAGACCCAAACCCUCUCUAACGUUCACCCUCUUUGAUAUACUUUGAGUAGAGGGUUAUCUGUCUGAUGAGACUCACAGGAACAGGGAAGCAAUUUAAAUUCAUUCUUUGCACAUCACAGCUGACGGCUUUUUGACAUGUACAGCAACUUGGCAGCAUACAGAUAGCUGAGAGGUAGUCGCAGCAGCGGUCUACCUGUUGAGGGGGAACAAACCUGUCUGGUGUUUCUGUCCUACCUGAGCAACAUCUUAUACCUGUGGGUGUUCAGUUCAUACUUGAAGACAGCAGAGAUUUUUGUUUUUUCAUAUAUGAAUAUCCAUGCUAUUGGACUCUCUCCAUAUCUGUCUCUUCAGUCAUUGUGCCCACGGCUGGUAUACUGGGAUAUAAACAGAAAAAUAAAUCACCUAAAUGAAAGAAUGUG